GCGAUGACUUACCAAAAUUUAAGAGUAUCGUAGCCAGAAUCGUUGUUAAGUUCCCUAGACGUCAUGACAGCCAACAUUUUAUUCUACAAGACAUCACUGUAAGUCACUGGGUCAAACAUUAAAACAUAAAUAAAUGAAGUCAACGUAUUUCUCUUACUCAUACGACGUGCAUUCUGAAAUGACUAGGGGUCAAAAAUAGAAGCGAUUUCAUACCGCGCUAAUGUCCAAAGAUUUGACACCUUACUCCAACAAGGAUCUACAUAUACAUUAUAUGGAGUGGCGUUCUAUGUAAGCUGGGGGCCGUAUCUAUUUCGGAAUUUUGGACAUAGGCUAGAAUUGACCUUGGCAUCUCGGACUGUUGUGGAACCAUUCCACUUGCCAAUUCAGUUCCCGCCUUAUCCAAAACAUCUUAUGCCAUUUCAUGAGGUCCUCCAACAACCUCAUAAGAGGUUUAUAGAUGUAAUAGGAAUUGUCAUUCAUUUGGCGCCGUUAGAGCACAUCGGUGGAAGGCCGUACAGAGAGGCCAUACUAAUGGAUUCCAGGUGGGAUAUAAUCGUCGUGGGUAUAUGGCCUGAACUGUUGCAAAGAAAUGCUCUACGGUGGGUGUUAGCUAGAGAAAACAAGAGCAUAAUUAUCGGAACUAUGCUGCGUCGUAACAAGCUACACAGAUGCUUGCAAACCUCGGACCAUAGCACUGUUGAAUUCGAUCCAGAUCAUCACACCACACAACGGUUGCAGACAAUUCGGCGCUCCAUGAUCCAAAAUCCGAGGAGUGCUUUAAUCAACAAUUAUCUAGAGAGGAGACGCGCUUAUCUGGCGACAGUGGUUCCGGAUGUGUAGUGUGAUAGCUUGUUAUCAACUAAAGAUGGUCACAAUUAUUUGUAUUUCGCCGUUUAUGUAUUAAAAACUGGCUCUUUGUUGUGUUGAAUUCGAUACGUAUAAUGUUAUCGAACCCUCGCAGUCAGAAAUAAAUUAUGUUAUCAU